AUGCCCACUGAAGCAGAAGGGGGCGACAGCGAAGCGAGCAGAUCGAAGCGCCGCCGCCGCCACCAUUUUCUGCUCGCCGCCAUGGUGUUGUCCUCGAUGCACCAGGCGCUGGUCUCCGUCGUGCUGGUGCUCUGCGUUUUCGUGGUGAUGCCGAGGAUGUUCGGCGGAGGCGGGAGGUCCCCGCGGGCUGCCAAGUCCUCCCCUGGCCGUCGUGACCCCCAUCAGCACCGCCACGGUGGAGCUGAGGGAAUUUUGCAGUCACAAAUGAAUUCAGAAACCACUGGAAGUAAAACAUAUCAGAGCAUCCAACAAAUGAGGAAUGCCAUGGAGAAGGAGUUGAAAACUGAGCGGACUAGAGGGAAUGGCAAAGACUUUGCUUUAACACUCAUGCCCUUAUAUGCCCUUGGUGUAGGAGUGUUUGCUUUAUACAAAUUCUUAAAGAUGAAAUCUCAAGAGGAAAAUUUAUCUAAGAAAAAGAAAAAUACAGAAGAAAAGACAAAAGAAACAGAACACCAGCUUCUGGAGUUGGAGCAACAUCUAGCACAGACAGAGAAAAUGUUAAAUUCUUUAUUAACUCAGCUAGAUCCACUUUCAAGCUGUAUUAAUGCCUUGGCUUCUGAACAGAAAGAUGAAAUUAUGGUACAGCUUGAGUCCAUCAGGAAGCUGAUGAAAGAAAGUGGAUUGGAUAAAUCAGCAGUGAAACCUCAAGACGUUAACCAUACAUGCCAAGAAAAGCUUGAAGACCUUAUACAGUCAUUCAGUGAACAUCCUGAGGCAGAAAUGGAUGAGGGGGGUGAUGAAAAUUGUGGCCAUGAAGUGCUCUUUGACAAUAUUGUGGAACAUGGUGGUGAAGAGGAGCAUAAAGACAAUGGUCACGAGUUUAUACUUAGUCCAAUGGAAGAGCUCAAGAAGAUGGAAAUUGCUGGAGUAACUAAUCAAGAUACAGCAAAACCAGGGAUUGGAUUAAGACGACGUAUUAGAAAUGAAUAAAAUAGAUAAGCUCAGCAAAUUGUGAUGAAUGAUUGCACAUCUUAUAAUGCACUUUUAAAUUAUUCUGAAACAGGUUCACAUUUACUGCAAUAUGCUUUGAAGACAAGAUAUUUAUGUAACUUUUCUAUUUAUUCUGUAUAAAAUUACAUAUGUAUCACACUGUGUAUAUAUUAUACUGAGCGUCCUAUAAGGUAUUUCCCUAUCAAGGUUUAUCAUAUUUUUACAACUAUUAAAGUUGGGAAAUGGCAAAAGAAUAUGUUGUGAGCAUCUUUGUUUGAUGGCAAAA